AUGCGACUCCCGCGUCUGGUGAAGCAAAUAGGUGGAUGCUUUCGCCAAUUCACCAAAUUCAUCGGCCCUGGUUUCAUGGUGGCUGUUGGAUACCUUGACCCUGGCAACUGGGCAACUGACAUGGAGGGUGGAUCACAAUUCGGCUACCGUUUACUGUUUAUCAUCCUGCUUUCCAAUAUCAUUGCCAUCUUUUUACAAAACAUGACCAUACGAAUGGGGACUGUCACUGGCAUGGAUCUCGCAUCCGCUUCUCGUCGUUAUUUUCCAAAGUACCUGAAUUUGUUCCUUUACCUCUUGGCGGAGCUUGCCAUCAUUGCUACGGAUAUGGCCGAAGUGAUCGGUAGUGCUAUUGCUCUCAAUCUCUUAUUCCCAAGUCUCCCGUUACCUGCUGGUGUUGCUAUCACGGCAGCCGAUGUCUUCAUCAUCCUAUUGUUCUACAGCGAAGAACCCAAUUCAGGCCAAGCUGAAACAGCUUCCAUGCGUGUGAUCCGUGUUUUUGAAACAUUUGUCAUGUUCCUUGUUCUAGCAGUGGGCAUUUGCUUGAGUAUCAUCCUUGCUGAAUCAGACGCCAACGCUAUCGAUGUCCUCAAGGGCUACGUUCCUACUCGGGAAAUCUUUACGGAUCCAUCGUGUCUAUAUGUGGCUAUCGGCAUUAUUGGUGCUACAGUGAUGCCUCAUAACCUUUACCUGCAUGGCUUUAUUGUACAAUCACGCUGCCGUACUUGGAGAUCAAAACGCCCUGAAGUUGAAGAAGUGGAACCAGGCCAGUGGGUCAUCCAGUGUGCCACACGUCAAAUGGUUGAUGAAAAAUCAGCAGCAGCAACGAACGAUAACAUUGUGCGUGAUGCCUCUGUUGUAAACAUGGAUGACUCUGAAACAGCAAAUGGAAGAUAUUACAACAUGGAUCGUUUGCGCCAAUACCUACGAAAAGCAUUACGCGAGAACCUUGUUUACGGCUUUAUCGAUCUUGUGAUUGCACUCAUUUUCGCCUUUUACGUCAACUGUGCCAUUCUUGCAGUAGCCAGUGCCAACUUUUAUUAUGGUCCUGAAGGUCAAAAUCAAGUUGUGGAUGAUUUGUUUGGAGCACAUCAUCUCCUUUCAGUGUAUUUGGGACCUGCAGCUGGUGUUAUUUUUGCAUUGGCAUUGUUGUGUGCUGGUCAAUCUUCUACCAUUACAGCUACCUUGGCAGGCCAAGUGGUGAUGGCUGGAUUUCUUGGAAUGACAACACGUCCUUGGGUACGACGAAUUGUUACACGUUUGGUAGCUAUUGCCCCUGCUUUGGUCGCUGCAUGUAUCGCUGGUCGUUCAGGAUUGAAUCAACUCUUGGUGGCAUCCCAAGUGGCUCUCAGCAUUCAAUUACCAUUUGCAGUGGUACCCCUUGUUUACUUUACGUCACGCAAGCAUAUCAUGAAGCUUGAUCUUGUCCAUGACGUCCAGGGUGAAAAGAAAGCGGAUGCAAAUCGCGUGACAUUGUCUUGGAUCGAUCGCCUAUUUCCCAGAAUUCCAUCUCAUCAUCUGUCAUUUCUUCCACGUGCAUUGCGUUCGAAUGCUCUAAAGGAUGACAAGAACGAAACAGCAUCCACCAUUCGAACAUUCACUCCCAUUCCUUUAAAAGAAUGGCCAAAGCCCUUGCAAUACGAAAAUGGUAUCAUUAGUGGUAUCGUUGCUGGCCUCAUCUCCUUAUUGCUUAUUGGUCUAAAUGGAUACCUCGUGGUGUCUUUGUUCAUGGGCAACACAUAG